AUGAAUCAUGUUCAUGAAUAUUUUCCUUAUUAUUUUCAAAACGUCACUCAAUGAUUCAAACUCAAGAUCACAAGAUCAAAAAAGGCAAAAUACCAAACUUUAACCAUCUCAUAGAUGAUAGUGGAAGUUGACAUAUGCAUAGCAUGCCUACAUCUAUGCAUCAAUAAAACAAAUAAUUUGCACUAAAAAGUAAAAAUGUUUCGCGAAGAUCCACAGAAUUCAUCCGUUCAAAACAUGGAUUCCAUUACUAUUGAUAUGGUGCUCGAGAUCCAGAAAGAUUUGGAUCCUUAUGAUAUUGUAUCUCUGGUAUUUUUGUUAUAUGAGAUACCAGACACAGCUCUUCAACGUUUGAUCGUCUAUCAAAAAGUAUCAAAAGAUCAUGAAUAUGAUAGUAUGAAUCUUUUACAUCAGUGGGCAUCGCAUGCGCAACUUCGACCUACUUGGAAGUAUGAAUUUUUAGAAUCACUUUGUAUUUGCAGGCUAUACAAUGUAAUAAGAAAACUAGGUUUCGACGUACCAACUGUAAAACAACGCUAUCAACCUAAUAAUAUUACUUUUAGUACCCAUGUAAAUCCUAUUAAAAAAGUUUUAUACAACUUAUGUGAAAAUACUACUUCAGAAGUUAUGUUCAAAUUAAAAAAAACAUUGCUGUCCUAUGGUAUUGAUACUUCAGACCAUGAGAGUUGUGAAUUGAUAAUAUUAGAACUGAUUUGCAGAAAAUUUAUUGUAUUCCAAGAUUUUAGCAGAAACACUACCCCUGUGAAGGUUGACACUCAAAAAUUAUGUCAGAUACUAGAUCAUUUCCCUGUAUUUGCUUCAUAUGUUGCACAUCUCAAGGAAUUAGAGGACAAAUUCAAUGGUCAACACAAUUCAACUAGCGUCAAUGUGUCUACCAGCACUCCAAUUAAAACGGCAGAAGAAAAUUAUGAGUUCAAAGAUAAUAAAGUUGGAGAAAGUAGCUUUGAAGAAGUAUAUGAACUUCUAAACCAGAUGAACCUUGAAGAUAUACCUAGUAAUUUGAAAGCUGAUAAUGUCCUUUUAAAUAAGGAUGCAUAUAUAAUAAAGAACCCCAAAAGUGUAGGUGUAUGCUGUAUUAUUAAUCAAGAAAUAUUUAACCCAUCAAAGGAAAAUAUAACAAAAAAUAUAUACAUAAAUCUUCCUACAAGAAGUGGUUCAACACAGGACCAAAUUGCAUUAGAAUCAACCAUGUCAGCACUUAAUUUUGAAGUAAGGGUUGGAAAAAAUUUAAACCACAUUGAAGUUUUUAAUUUUAUUAAGGAUGUGAUAAAAUACAAAGUUCGUGAAGACCAUAGUGUUUUUAUGCUGUGUAUACUUUCCCACGGUAUUAGGGGACAUGUCUAUGCUGCAGAUUCAGUAAAAGUUAAGAUAGAGGACAUACAAAUUUUAUUAGAUUCAGAUAUAGCUAAGAAUCUAUAUGGAAAACCUAAGGUUUUAAUUUUGCAAGCAUGUCAAGUUGAUGAAGAACCUUAUAAAGACGGAGGCUUAGUUGCUGAUGGACCUUCUCCUAAUUAUUUUAUGAGGAAAUCAGAUUUUCUAAUUUAUUGGGCUACUUCACCCGAGUUUAAAGCUUUCAGGCAUGAAGAAAAAGGAUCAAUAUUCAUCCAGUUUCUUUGCAGUGCCCUAAAAGAAAAAGCUCAAAAAGAGCAUGUGUAUGAUAUAUUUACAAAAGUGAAUAAUAUAGUUACCAAAAUAUGUGCUAAAGUUAAGAAGUUGCAAGUACCAAUAUUUGAAUCUACACUAAGGAAAAAGCUUUUUUUACAUAUACCAUCACAAUAAGGGUGUCCGUACAAUCACAAUGGUAGUUUAAUGUGGUAAUACACAUGACAAAAGUUAAUGCUCAAAAACUAUUGCAAUUUUAAAUGUUAAACCAUAUAAGUUAUGAUAUAAUGUAUAUGGCAAGGAAAAUUUAUAUAAAUACAUACUUCUAUGUAUUUAUAACAAAAUAUUUAUUGGAUGAAAUAAGAGUUUGUUAUUUAUUGAUUAUCUGCAAUUUAUAAAUGAAUAAAUAUAUUUUGAUUA